UCGAGUCGGUCCAGCAUAGAAACGGUCAGUAACCGUUCGGAGUGGAGUCAGGGACGGUGCGGUGAACAAAACUCCCAGACAACUGUAUCACACUGCCCAGAAUACUCACUCACCAUCACCCACCGAGACCAGUCCCUCUCCUGCCUAAAAUCCUGAGUCAGCUGUUCAUCCAACCAACAACAACCUUGAAUCCAGGUUUGGUUGCAGUGGCUCCGCCCCCAAGUUGCCCAUUAAAAGCUGACUGGCUUUUGGUUUUUGGUGUGAGGCAGUCCGGCAAUACAAGCUGGACGGAGGAGAGACAAGUGGGGCCGAUGGCCCAACGUUUGUGCUGCGGCACAGAACGUCGAAUGUUAUCGAGGCCUCCACAAACUGCACAUCUAGUCAUCCCAUGAGUCCACGGGACAAGGAAGAGACGCCCACCUCAGGUUCUUCAACAAGUCAUCUUAGCGCUGCAGAGAGCCCGGCUCACAAUGGGGCUGUUCCACAAGAGGAGAAAAGGAUGAACGAAGAGAGUGACGGAGAAACAGAAGGAGAGGAGCAGGAGGAGGAGGAGGAGAGAGGCAGCGAUGAAGGUUUCAUGGGAAUGACUCCUCUUCUGCAGGCUCACCAUGCAAUGGAGAAGAUGGAGGAGUUUGUACACAAGAUGUGGGAAGGCCGGUGGCGCGUCAUUCCUCACGAUGUGCUCCCAGACUGGCUUAAGGACAACGACUUCCUGCUUCACGGCCACAGGCCGCCAAUGCCUUCAUUCCGCGCUUGUUUCAAGAGCAUCUUUAGAAUCCAUACGGAGACGGGAAACAUCUGGACACACCUGUUAGGUUGUUUGUUUUUCCUCUGUCUGGGCCUCAUGUACAUGUUCCGGCCCAACAUGUCGUUUGUGGCUCCAGUCCAGGAGAAGGUGGUGAUCGGGGUGUUCUUCCUCGGAGCCAUCCUCUGCCUUUCCUUCUCUUGGCUCUUCCACACAGUGUACUGCCACUCUGAGGGCGUGUCCAAAGUCUUCUCCAAGUUGGACUACAGUGGGAUUGCCUUUCUAAUCAUGGGAUCUUUUGUCCCUUGGUUGUACUACUCGUUCUACUGCACCCCUCAGUCUUGCUUCAUCUACCUGAUGAUAGUUUGUGUACUAGGAAUGGCAGCCAUCUUUGUCUCCCAGUGCGACUUCUUUUCUACUCCCCAGUACCGAGGAGUCAGAGCAGGUGUGUUUGUGGGUCUGGGACUGAGCGGUGUGGUUCCCACUCUGCACUUUGUCAUCAGUGAAGGUCUGAUCAAAGCAACAACUAUCGGUCAGAUAGGCUGGCUGUUUCUCAUGGCCACGCUUUACAUCACCGGCGCCUGUCUGUACGCAGCCCGGAUCCCUGAGAGGUUCUUCCCCGGAAAAUGUGACAUCUGGUUUCACUCCCAUCAGUUGUUCCACAUCUUGGUGGUCGCUGGAGCUUUUGUUCACUUUCACGGCGUUUCCAACCUCCAGGAGUUUCGCUACACCGCCGGAGGAGGCUGUGCUGACGAUGGCGCUCUUUAACACACAUCCACUGACCCCCUUGUUUACUGGAACAACUUCUACAGGGAAGCACUGGGUCACAUAAUACAAACCGAAUCACAGCGGCAGAAAUGCGCGCGUGAACCUUUUUCUACCAAAGACCACUGGGUUGUUCUGCAGUGCGAAACUAUAAGGAUUCCCUCUAUUAAAAGUGGCUGAUAGUAGGUGUGAUCACUUUCUUUCUCCUCUUUUUUCAGUCUGUCACCUCUUCUUGCUGAGUUGCUUUGGUUUUACACCUGAAGCGCUGUGUUUUUGAAAGCAAAGCUUGGGAUUCUUUCCUUCUGUUUGCUUGGAAGUGAGAUUUUCUCUGGGAUUCAAGAAGAAGCAUAACUAUGGCUUAAAAAGAAUUUUGGGGGAUUUUUUUUUUUUUUUGCUGAAUGCUGUUUUCCAAAACAUUUCCAGAUGGAAAAGGGUUGAAGAAAAAAUGUUCGAUUGCCAUGGAGAAAGAGGUUAAUAGUCACUUUUAAAACAAAAUGAAAAGCUUUUUCAUGUAAAUAAGAUCAGAUUUCUAAACUUUGGGUUAUAGAUUUGUAAUAAAUGUUAAAGAAAAUUUAUAAAAAUAUGUUAAAAUAUUAACAAAUAUCUUGGAUGAUGAUUAAAGAGGAGAACAGGGAUUAUAUUUUAUUCUGCAGUUGGCGGGAGGUGCUUCUAACAAGCUUUUGUUGCUUGCAUGCGAAAGACCAGAGGGGAGAGGAAUCCAAUCAAAGAUGACUUUUAAAACCUGCUAUUCCUUUGUUUUUAGUGUUGGGGGGGUAAGAGUCACUUCCCCGCCAUAAAACUAAACAUAGACGAUGAAACAACUGACCUAGAAUUUUUUCAUUUAUGUUAAUUCCUGUGUCUGAGUACUGAUCUGAAUAGACAGAUCUGUACUUAACCAAAGUCUUGAGAAUUUCAGGAAUCCUCAUAUGUAGCGGUAAAUCCAAUUUUUAUUCCACAAGUAUAGGUUUAUUUUUUAAAUGAUUAAAGGAAACACAUUAAGCUUAAUUCAAAAUAUUUUUAUAGAGAAGUCCCCAGCUAUUAUAUAUUACAGUUGAUACAUUUUAAUCUUUGUCCUAAAAUGACAUUUUCACAAAUUCACCUCCAAACAGAACAAUGAUGUUUCCUCUGUUUUCUUUUUGAUUGAGUUGUAUUUUUAAAAUUUCCCUGCGAUAACAAAUGUGUUGCAAGCUUUAAUUUUCUUUUUCUUGAAUUUUUAUUGUAAAACAGGUUCAUUUUUAUCAGGUGAAAAAAGUUUUUUUCUCUUAAAAAUAAACAUUAAAGUGUCUUUUAGGAUUUCUAAUUCUACACAAAGUUCUCUUCUUCAAGGGCUCACUCGUGGUCUCAAUUUUCGAGGCUUCUCUUGGUGAUUAAGUCAUGAUGAACUUUUUUAAGAUUGAAUUUUCUGGCGAUACCAAAAUCUUACCCUCGAAUAGGGAAAAUAUAUUCUGAGCUUUUCAGGAACUGUACUUCUAUGACGGUUUCAAAUUUAAGUUAAGUCAAAUUCAGCAAGGUGAUUUAUCCGCAUCUAUUCUUUGUGUCAAUGUUUCUCAGAGGAAGAAGAAGUCCCUUGUUUUUUUCUUGCUUUUUUGUUUUAUUGAGGUUGUUAUAAUUUAUUCCUCUGGUGGAGCAAACAUUGCCUGGUAAAGCACACGUUCCAUUCUGGUUGGAGUGUUUGAUUGCAAUAGACCUUUAUAUCUGCUGUAUUGUUCUAAUAAAAAAACAAUGUUUUUUUGAAA